UGAUGGCGGCGUGAGGGCUUCGGUUGGAAAGCGAUGCGGUCAGUUAGUGGUCAGAAACCUGGGCCUCGCGGACUUAGCGCCGUCACCUCCGAAAACGCGAAGCUGCGCCCCAACCAACGGUGACCCCGCUUCUCUUGCCCCUUAUGCACCUAAAGCAUGAAAAUCACUGGAAAUGCAUCAGAGAAAACCCAGUGUCUGCAGUACCAGCACAGAUUCCUCAGAUGAUUAUAGUGGAGAAUCUUCAGCAUUAAAUGUGUCUGCAGCAACUGAGAUGGCUUCUUUCCAAAGGAAAGGACCGAAGGCAAGGGUUCUCAGUGCUGAAGAGGAGGAGAAACUGCAAAGAGACCAAGCUUUGGUGUCCGACUUUAAACAGCAAAAACUGGAAAAAGAGGCUCAGAAGAACUGGGACCUUUUUUACAAAAGGAACAGUACCAAUUUUUUCAAGGACAGACACUGGACCACCAGAGAGUUUGAAGAGCUAAGAUCAUGUAGGGAGUAUGAAGGUCAGAAGUUGACUAUGCUGGAAGCUGGCUGUGGGGUUGGGAACUGUUUAUUCCCACUUUUAGAAGAAGAUUUGAAUAUCUUUGCCUAUGCCUGCGAUUUUUCUCCAAGAGCAGUUGACUACGUUAAGCAAAAUCCCUUAUAUAACUCAGAGAGAUGCAAGGUGUUUCAGUGUGACCUCACUAGAGAUGACCUUCUUGAUCAUGUUCCACCAGAGUCUGUGGAUGCUGUUACCUUGAUCUUUGUGCUCUCGGCUGUUCACCCUGAGAAGAUGCACCUUGUCUUGCAAAACAUUUACAAGGUAUUAAAACCAGGCAGAAGUGUCUUAUUCCGUGACUAUGGGCUAUAUGAUCAUGCCAUGCUUAGAUUUAAAGCCGGAAGCAAGCUAGGAGAAAAUUUUUAUGUCAGACAAGAUGGAACCAGAUCAUAUUUUUUUACUGAUGAAUACCUGGCCCAGCUCUUUGUGAAUGCUGGUUAUGAAGAAAUGCUGAAUGAGUAUGUGUUUCGAGAGACCGUGAAUAAGAAAGAAGGCCUGUGUGUGCCACGAGUUUUCCUUCAGAGCAAGUUCCGGAAGCCUCAAAAGGACUUAGACUCUGCCACCAUGGGCCUGUGUUACCAGGCUGGUGACUUUGCCUCUCCUUGAAGGUUUGUGUUUGUUUGUUUGGGUCUUUUUGAGACAGGGUCUCCCUGUAGCCCCAGCUGUCCUGGAACCCACUAUGUAGACCAGGCUGGCCUUGAACUCACAGAGAUCCACCUACCUCUGCUAGGAUUAAAGGCGUGCACCACCAUGCCUGGAAAAUUAUAUAAUUUUUGUAUUAAAAACAAAUGAAGUACCAAGCAUGCUGGCGCGCGCCUUUUGUAAGAUCGAGGUCAGCCUGGUCUAUAGCAAGUUCCAGGCCAGCUGGGGCUAUAGAGGAACCAUGUCUCAAAAACAAACAAAUAAAUGAGGCCUGGAGAGAUGGCUCAGCAGGUGAAGACGCUAGCUGCACAUCCUUACUACCAUAGUAGUAAUCCCAGUGCUCCUACCUCAGGGCGGGAAUCCGGCAGGAGAAUCCUCUGGAAGCUCCAGGGCCAGCUAGCCUGAGGUACACAUCAUGGUAGAAACAAGGGACUCUGCCUCAACAAGGUGGAAAGUGAAAGUUAUCCUCUGGUGACGUUCCACAAAGGAAAGCCGGGGAGCCCAGGAGCUUGAAACGGGGCUGCUUAAGCUUUUUCCAUUAACCACUUUUCACUUGAGAAAAUUUUUUGUAACCUUUGGUAUAUAGAUAUAUAAAGUAGGUAUAUAAAU